CUUAAUUCGUGGCUUGAACUCAUUACUCUUUGUCGGCUGUGACAGUUGUUGUAUAACCGGAAAAAAAUAAAUAAAUACAUUUAAAAUUUAUAUUCCAAAUGUAUUAAGUACUUCUCAUGUUUUAUUACAUCGCAAAUUAUAAUUUACAGGUAUUAUUCAAUGAAAACAUUUUAUUUUAAUUCAAUUUUUUUUCUGUACCUACCGAUUUACUAAUAAACUUUUGGUUGCGUAUAUAUAUCAAAUUGUUAAUAUUGAAAGCAGUGCCGUAACUAGAGAGUCAAAGACCCAGGUGCAAACAAAUGCAUAUGGGCCCCUCUUUCUUGAGAUACAUAAGAAAAGUCGGACUGACUUCACACCAUGGGAAUUUUUACUCCUUAGAUAGGAAUUUAUUUGAAUAGGUUCAAACCAAAAUUUAUUAAAAUAAAUCAAGAUGGAAAAAGCUUUGCAAUUUGAUGUGAUUGCCUCCUGUACUACUUCAAAAGCUCGUACUAGUUUAAUGAAAUUACCUCAUUAUACAGUGGAAACGCCAGUGUUUAUGCCUGUUGGUACCAAAGGAUCUGUUAAAUCUGUUUUACCAGAACAGCUGGAAGAUAUGAACUGUCAAAUUAUUUUAGGAAACACAUAUCAUUUGGGAUUACGUCCUGGAGUUGAACUAUUAAAAAAAGCCAAAGGCCUUCAUAAUUUUAUGGGUUGGAAACGUGCUCUACUUACUGAUUCUGGAGGCUUUCAAAUGGUCUCAUUGUUACAUAUGGCUGAAAUUAAUGAACAGGGUGUUAAUUUUGAAUCACCUUAUGACGGUACAAAAAGCUUGUUAACUCCAGAGAAGUCUAUUCAAAUACAAAAUGCAAUUGGUGCAGAUAUAAUAAUGCAGUUAGAUGACGUCGUACCAACUACUUCAAAAGACAAUGAAAGAAUGGAAGAAGCUACACACAGGACUACACGUUGGUUAGAUCGUUGUUUAAGUGCUCAUGAAAGACCUACUGAACAGAAUAUAUUUCCUAUUGUCCAAGGAGGUCUUAUAGAAAAUUUAAGAAAGUUAAGUGCCAAUUUACAUUUGGAAAGAAAAGUAAACGGUUAUGCUAUAGGUGGUCUCGUUGGAGGGGAAGAUAAAGAAGAUUUUUGGAAAAUGGUUAUUCUAUCUACUAAUUUAUUACCUUGCGAUAAACCUAAGUAUGUGAUGGGAGUUGGAUUUGCUGUAGAUUUAGUAAUUUGUUGUGCCUUAGGAGCAGACAUGUUUGACUGUGUAUUUCCUACGAGAACAGCUCGGUUUGGUUGUGCGUUAAUUUCAAGUGGUCAGAUUAGUUUAAGACACAAUAAGUUCAGAAUGGAUUUUAGACCAAUUGAAAAAAAUUGUAGGUGUUCAACGUGUAAGACAUAUACUCGAGCAUAUAUACAUCAGAUUGUCUGUACAGAAGCUGUUUCUUGCAGUUUACUAUCAAUACAUAAUCUUCAUUAUCAAAUGCAAUUGAUGAAAGGUAUUAGAGAGAGCAUCAAAGUAAACAAAUUUCCAGAGUUCGUCCAGGAAUUUAUGACAAAUAUAUACCCAGAUAAGAGUUAUCCACAGUGGUGUCUUGAUGCACUACAAUCGGUGAAUAUAGAACUGAAAUAAGAAUUUAUAUUUUAAGUACAAAGUUCUGCGAAUUGUAUAGUAUUGUUUGAAUUCAUAAUUUUCAUUGGUUGAAUAUUAAAACAACUACCAAAUACCUAUUAAAUUAUUUAAUUUAAUUUAUUUUUUUAAUUAUAAAGAUAUACAUUAUAUUAAGUUAGGUUGGCACUUACUAUUAUUUAUAGACUUUAUUUUAAGACUUGCAU